AUGAAGAAAACCCUAGUUUUCUAUCGUGGAAGGGCUCCAAAGGGUGAAAAGAGCAACUGGGUUAUGCAUGAGUACCGUCUUGAAGGCAAAUUAGUAUAUCACUACUUGUCUAGAAAUUCCAAGGUGACAAUCAACUAUCUACUAGGAAAUUUGGGUAAAGAAUAUCCGUCUGCCGUUGGAGUGGUUGGUCUUGGAGGUGGUUCUGUACAAAUGGUAUAUACCAUCUCUGAUGCUGAUGCUGCAAAGGCUCCUAAGUUAUCAGAUGGAGAGGAUACUUAUGUGCAGGAAAUGAUCGCUUCCUGGAAUAGCAUUCCAUAG